AUGACGUGGGUGCUGAGAGGCCGAACUUGGAGUGGCGAAACUCCCAUUCGUGACACCCUACGUAGAAACCGACUUCAGAGCCAUUCGGACUACCCAACCCCUGGCACAUCGACUCGUCAUCUCUAACCUUCCUGCUACUUCUGAUAACAUCGCAAAACUGACGGCGGAAGGGACCAUUGAACACCUACUUGUCCAAGCCGGCAUUAGCGUCAAUGAGCAGCCAGUUUUCUUUCAGUCGCACGAAGUCCUUAACCUCACCGGGCUGUCGGACCCUCCCCAAUCAAGAUACAAGGCCCUAAACACGGAUUAUUUUGAGAUCAUCGGGCCCAAGGACGAAAUUGAAUUCACCAGCAAGAUCUUCAGUUUUCUGAAUAACGACAGCAAGCCGUACUACCCUUCCUCGUUCGAAUCCGAGCUAGUCGACGAAAACAAUCACCGUUGGCCUCGUCUUUUCGCUCAUUUCACCGACGUGAAGGAGAACGACGAAGUACGAUGGGUCCAUCUAGCUUUUGAUUCCGUAAAGCAUUCCGGCAAGGAGAGCUACGACACCAUCGAGCGAGCCCCGGAAGAAGCAAUUCGAAAGGCGAUAAAAGCGCAUUUGGACAAACACUUCGAAGACAUGAAGAACGUCCCCGCCGAGUCGUGCAUUUCGGUCACCAACGAUUCAGGUACACGCGGCGAUCAAUGCAAGGUCCUGUUCGCGGUUCGUAUGGCGAGUGCUUUUAUGGUGGACAAGAUCACAGCCACGAAGGACCGGUCUACCCUCAGUGCAAAGGUCAACAUCCCAAUGCGACCCACGUCUCGUUUGACGCCACAAGUGACUACGGAACCACUGCUGGUCGAACAAACCAUCACCGGGGUUUUCAAACGCAUCGUGAAAACGCGAGGGAUGCGAGAGCCCUUCGCAAUCGUCGUCUUAUGGGCCAAAUCGAACAGGGACCCCCAGAGUGUGGCCUCGUACCUGAUGAGCUGCCUUAAGGAUGCCGAGACUCGACAUGCCGCCGAGUACCCCCAGGAUCCCAUUACGCGACCCAAAGGCACAAUUGUGACGACGGACUACGAGCCGGCUACCGGCCCGGGCCAGCACCAAAAAGCGGUCUUUCGGUUUUCAGUGUCCACAUCCGCCCUGGCAACACACAUCGUGCAGAUGGUACCUUUUCUGCCGGCCCACGACAGAUUCGGCACGAGUUGGCAUGAUGGCGACGAACGUGUAGUCAUCAAGGUCUGCCUAGACAACGAGCGCGCUGAUGCUAUCUCUGCCCGAUUCAAUAAGGCCACGUCGGAGUCGCAAGGGGCUAUCGCCGAAAGUGCUCGACACAUCGAAAAUCGGAUCGACAUGAUCCAGGACGUCUUCCAGACCCUCGCCACAACGUACGCGGAGGACAAGCGAAGGAACGAACAGAUCGCGCAAGAAACUCGGCAAAUGAUGCAUGCGCUCCACAUGAGCAAUCAAGCGCUCUUUUCAUCUCUAUCGGGCGUACAAGCGUCAGGUCAAGCGCAAUUCGCUGUGAUGACCGCCAGUACCCAACUCAGCAAUCUCAGGAUGGAGCUCCUAUUCAGUAAUCAUCCCAAGGACAGUCAGGAAUACCAAGAACUCGCGCGAGAAGUUCAAGAGGCACGAAGGACGGUGUGCGACGCACAGGCGGCAUACCAGCAAACGCAACACCAAGUCACCCUGGCGCUCCGACAAGCAAGUCCCGUAUACCUGCAGCAACUGGCCCAUGACGGUCCAACCAUCCCCAAUGGCAACAAUGCGAGCGGCGCCGCAGAUAACGCGAUGGACGAACGUGAAGAAUCCGGAGGCUCGCCGAGCAAGCGCGGACGACACAAUCAAGAAGGUGACGUGCACACGACAAGCCCCCAGCCACAGAGUCGCAGCGAGCAUGAAGGAAUGUCUAUAGUAAGUGACUGGUGGCAGGUUCUCCAACGCCGCUCGCCUGAUGAUACAAUUACCACCGCAGGAUUCGUGA